AUGUUACUGAAUAUUGAAAUUCAGGUUAAUGAAAUUCAGAUCCAGAUGGAGGACUCAGCUGGUCAAGUAGGAGUCUCUUUAGAGUUUGACUUCGACUUCGAUGAUGAGAAUUUGAUGGAGAAUCCCAAUACGCAGAUGCCUUCAAAUCAUGACCCGCACGAGGUGCAGAAUGAAACGGCGGGAAAUAUCUCUACUCAAGAAAAUGUAGAUCAGCUUGGUUCAUCAUCCGGAAGCAACGAUCAUCAUCAGCCGCUGAUUCACCAAACAGACUUGAAGCAGAACCAGCGCACACCAUCAACAUUGACCAGUACUAGCGACCUUUCGAACCCACCAGUACUUGAAAAUGCCCAAGAUUUAGCACACCCAGCUACAGCUUUCAAUCCUCCAUUAAUAAUCGAGACACCACAAAGCUGCUGCCUUCCAACAACAGAAUACAAGGAAAGUGAAUCACCAGAUGGACAUUGUCAACCUGAUCAACUUAAUCUUGGGGAUUCUAACUGGAACUAUCAGCAACAGGCCUAUAUUAAUACUUCUGAAAACCAAGUGAUGAUCCCUCAAGUUUUUAGUACUCCAAACUUGCCAUCCUCCUUGAAUGCUACAUCUAUGGGAGCACUGCAACCUUAUCCUCCAACAAUGAUGGGAUUGAACGGGAAUGAUGGAGCAAUUCAGUCACUUCAAGCUGAAUAUGAGGCCAAUAUGAUCUAUCCCAAUCAGCCGAUGAUGAAUACUCGGUUGGAAAAUGUUCCCCCAAAUGAGCAUAUGCCUCUGCCUUACAAUCUGGGUCCACUCAAUGAAUUUAUCCCAAACAAUCAGACAAUACUACAAAGCAUUACAAGCAAUAAUUUCAACAGCAUCCGUCAGCAACCAUCCCUCUGCCCUACAUUAUUCCCUCAAAACACAAUAGGGGUUGGAGUAAUAAAUCAAAGGCAACUGCCAAUCAACCAACACCGGGCAACUUUACUCCCCCACAACCAGCUGAAUGCUGCAUACAGAAUCUUGACUCCAUUGGGUUCGCAGCCAAAUGAAUUCGUGACAACUAAUGUAUUUGACCCACAAUGUCUCAACUUCAUGCUACCUCAAGCUUAUGCACUUUUAAGGCCCCAACAGUCCUCUAAUCAUCUACAACAACUCAACCAAAUCUCACAAGUGCCAAAUUUACUUGAUCCUCAAUUUCAAUACUCAGUGCUACCUGGACUUUCUAUGCUUCCUAGUUAUAGCCCUCGAAGUUUCUUGUACCAUCAAGUCUCGGUGCCACCUAACGUGUAUGAUCCACAAGGUUUUAACUCAUUGCUGUCGCCUGAGCUUUCUAUCUCAGCUAGGACUCCUCAACUUACAAACCAUCAACAACAAAACCAAGUUUGGAUGGCACAAAACUCUUUACUGCCUGGAUCUUCUACGGUUUCGAGGCUCCAAGAGCUGUAUGGGCGUCAACAACUUAAUCAGUUAACUCAACUGACCCCUAAUCUGCAUCCACAACUUGGAAGUUCCAUACUACUAGAAAUGCUCUCUGGGCCCUCACAGCUACUGGAUCAUUAUCAAGUCUCAGUGCCAGCUUAUGCAUGUAAUCCACAGCAGCAUAACUCCAUAGGGGCUCGACCCUCUGUACUGCCUAGGCCUCAAAGAUUGUAUGAUCAUAAGCAUCCACUCGAGCAAGUCCAGGACUCACAAUUUUGUGGUUCCAUGCUGCCACAGGCUCCAAAUCUUUCUAGGCCUCAACAGUCACCUAAGCAUCAACAGCUCAAUCAAGUUCCCGAGACAGCUAACAUGAGAGUUGAUCCUCAACAUGACAACAUUUUAUCUCCUCAAUCUUCAAGGCCUUCCAGUUCACAGACCGAACAAACAUGUGGAUUACUGAAUCAAGCAGCUAGACAAAGUGUCUCUUGCAUUAGUCCCGGCACAAAUUCUCGACAAACUCAAAUCCUGAAUUCAAAAGCUCAACAAGAAAUUGGGGGUGGAACCAAGAUGGCUGUCCCUGAUCUAUGUGAAACAUCACCGAGCAGCUUCAAAGAGCUGGAAGGAAACAAACGUACUGCAACAAAACGACAUGUGCUAGGAGAACCAUCUCAGUCACCUAAACGCUCCAAGAAAGAAAGGAGUUUACCACCACCCAGUUCUCAAGAAGAUCAGGAUAGGACUUCUCAAUCAGAAGGAAAUCAUGAAGUCGAAAAAGAAGGAAAUGAAGUCCAAAACUCAAAUCCUUCUAGUGCAAGGCGAGUAGUCAAGAAUACUGUUUAUGAUCCAACAUAUGUGGGGUUUGGUUUACCUAUUGACCCACAUCUCCGGCUAUUUAACCCAAGCUAAUUGCAAUGGCAAUGGUAGACCAUGCGGAUUAGAUGAUUCAAUGUCAACUUGUUUGAGAGACUUUUCUAGCUCCUUUUGUUGUUGUUGUUGGUUUUUUUUUCUUGUUCAGUUUGCUGUUUGGAGGAGAUUUUGUUUUUCCUGGGCCAGCAGUGUUAAGAGGUUAUUGGCGGUGGUUGAGCAGAGUUGGUCUUGAAAAAACCGGCAUCAUCGUCUUUUAAUGUUUAGCCUAUCUUUAACUUUGAACUCAACCAAAAGAUGUUUUUAACAAUUAAUGUUUGUUCUUCUUUCUCCA